AUGACCCGUGGAGAAGCGCGCCGAAACUGCCGACGGAAUGGUGGAGACUUGGCCAGUCCGAGCAACAUGCAAGAAUUCAUUGUCCUGGAGAAUCUCAUCCGCCCAUUCACAGGCGUUCCUGGUGUCUGGUUGUUCUACAAUGAUUUCAAAACCGAGGGAAGGUUCGUAGAUGUCUCUGGGCGGCCCGCUGUGAUCAACAACUUUCUGAAGGGCGAGCCGAACAACGUGGGUCCGGGCGGUGGAGACUGUGUGGAGAUGGAUGGUGGUACUGGAAUGUUUAACGAUGCUCCAUGCUCACAAGAACGCCUGUCAGUAUGUCAGUUCAGGAUUCGAUAA